GACGGCCUUCGCCCGGUUCCUCCCGGGGCUGCGCAGCGCGAACGCGACGACGCGGACCAAACGGCGCGAACGCUCUGCUUGUACCUCGAGUCCGAGGCGCGGGACCUGCCCAUGGCCGAGUACGCGACGACUGUCUCGGCCAUCAGCGGCCGCAUCAUCGAGAUGAUCCUCGGAUCCGACCUCGCCGAGCGCACGGGGGGCAUCGUGGCCAUGGAUAACCUCGUCGACCUCUUCAUUGCUGACAACCAGGACUCGCGCAUCUCGGAGUUUGCGCACGCGCUCAUCAAGGUGUUUGAGAAGACGGCCAACACGGAGAUCCCGACGCUCAAGGCCGGCGGGAAGGCGCUCGGCCACCUCGUCUCGUCCGGCGGCACGUCGCUCAUCGAAUUCAUCGAGGAGUACCACAUGAAGCCCGCGCUUGCGUGGCUUGAGAAGGAGAGCUUCCAGGUCCGGCGACAGGCUGCGGUCAUCAUCCUGCGCGAACUCGCGAUCAACGCGCCGGCGAUCCUCUUCCGGCACAUUGACACGUUCUUUGACGUCAUUUGGAACGCGUUCGGCGACAGCAAGCAGCCAACGCGCGAAGGCGCGGCCGAUGCGCUCCAGGCCUGCUUUGCGCUCCUCCAGGCCCGCGACUCGAACCGCAAGACCAUGUGGUACGUCCGCACGCUCGACGAGGUGCAGCGCGGCCUUCAGCGCGGGACGCCCGAGUCGAUCCACGGCGCGCUCCUCAUUUUGAACGAGCUCCUGCGCAACAGCGGCGACUUUAUGUACCCGCACUACGUCCGCCAAGUGCGCGACGUGCUCAGCUUGCGGGACCACCGGUCGUCGACGGUCCGACGCGCGGUCAUCAACCUCCUCCCGCGUCUCGCCAAGUUUAACGCAUCGACGUUCCUCGAGAUGUUUUACCGACCGAGCAUGAGCUACCUCCUCGAGGUGGCGAGCAUGAACAACCCACCGGCCGUCACGCGCGGUGACGCGCUCUUGUCGAUCGGGAAGCUCUCGCUUGCGAUUGGGUCGCCGCUCGGCCGGGACGAGCGGACGCUCGAUAUGAUUACGCACUGCAUCAAGCUCGGGCUCCUCAAGAAGAAGGAUAAGAAGGACGGCGACACACAGCGCGAGGCGCUCAACUGCCUCCGCAUGCUCGCCGACGCCAUCGGCGCGGGCUUGAGCAAGAUCAACUUGGAGGCGACGAUUCAAAGCGUCUUUCAAUGCGAGCUCGACAAAGGCAUGAUCGAUACGCUCACAACGCUCAUGAAGCGCCUGCCCAACCAGCGCAUGCUCAUCCAAAACUCGCUCUUCAAGCAGCUCAUGAAACUCCUCGAGCUCAAGCCGUCCGAGUCGGCGCUCACAUCGGCGUCGCCGUCGCGCCACCGCAGCAAGACGUACACCAAUCUGACCACCUCUGGCGGCUCCAAGACCAGCGUUCUCAACCUCCUCUCGAGCGCAAUCCAAACCGGCAAGCUCGACUACUCGCCGUCGUCGCCGGCGCUCGCCGUUGACGCGCCCAACAUCAUUGGCAUGCAGAUUCUGGCGCUCGAGACGCUCGCGACCUUUGAUUUCGGCGGCAACCGCCACAUCCCGAUCGUCCAGCGCGUCCACUCGCAUGUCGUUCGGUUCUUGGAUCAUGACAUUGCCAGCGUGCGGAAGAGUGCCGCGAUCACAUGCUGCAAGCUCGUGUUGCCGGCCGGCGAAGAAGCGACGGCGCUCAAGAGCGACGUGGCCGGGCCCGUAAGCACGGUGCUGCAGAAGCUGCUCACCGUCGGGAUCGCCGACACGGAGGCCGACAUCCGCUCGAAAGUGCUGGCGUCGUUAGACCCGCGCUUCGACGCGCUUCUCGGGCAGCCCGAGAACCUCCGGUGCCUCUUCAUCGCGCUCAACGACGAGGUUGUCGACAUUCGACAAACCGCCAUGACGAUCCUCGGCCGCCUCACGCACCGGAACCCGUCGGCGGUCAUGCCGUCGCUGCGGCAAACGCUGGUCCAGCUCCUCGCCGAGAUCGAGUUUAGCGGCGACGCGCGAGUGAGAGACGAAGGGGCGUUGCUGCUAGGUCACUUUUUACGGUCGGCGACGACGCUCGCCCGGCCCUACGUGCUCCCGAUCCUCAAGGUGCUCAUGAAAAACUUGCGCCAAGAGGCCAGCACGGACGGCCGCAUCCAGCUCAACAAGGCGGUCGUCGCGACACUCGGAGACCUCGCGGUCGUCGGCCAAGACGCGCUCAUCCCGUACCUUCCGCAGCUGAUUCCGGAGCUCGUCGACGAAAUGCGAGAGAUCAAGAGCAGCACCGCGAACGUCGGGAAAAUGGUCGUCGUCGUGCGCACGCUGGGGCUCCUCAUCGGCAGCACGGGCUACGUCACGCGGCCGUACCACGACUACCCGGACCUGCUCGAAGGACUUUCGGCCGCGCUCCAGAAGAGCGGCGACGCCAACGUGCUCUUGCGCAUCGAAGCUGGCCGCACGCUCGGUAUCAUUGGCGCGUUGGAUCCAUACAGUUUCAAGCUCUUCCAGCUCGAGAAGCAAGGUCGCAUGGGCUCGGGCUUGCUCGCGACCAAGCAAGUGGAGCAGCUCAAGGCCAACCAAGUGAUCCCGGACGACCCGACGUGGGCAGGCUUGCUCCUCGGCGACGAAAAUGGCGUCGAGCAGCUCGUGAUCAAGCGGCUCGUGGCCGACCCGCUCUCAUCGAUCGUCAAGCACGAGAUCAAGUGCGUGCCGGCCGAGGACUUGCUGCCGUCGCUCAUGGUCGGCGAAGCGCAAAACUACUUUCCCGCCGUCGCGAUCAACGCGCUCAUUCGCAUUUUGUCCGAGCCGCGCAACGCGAGCCAUUACCAAGGCACGUUGUUGGCCAUCAUGUACAUUUGCAAGAACCUCGGCAAGAAGAUGGAGCCGCACCUGGACAAGAUCAUCCCCGCGUUCCUAUACGCGCUCGAGCACGUCACCCCCGACUUGCGCGUCUUUGUAUUCGACCAGCUCGCGACGCUGGUGCGCCUCAUGGAAGAGAAGGUCAAGCCGCACCUCGACAACGUGGCGAUGGCGUGGAUCAUCCAGCAGUUUUGGGACUCGCAUCUGCCGCAGGUGCUGGGAUUGGUCAAUGAAGUCAUCAACUCGCUCGGCGAAGACUUUGGCGUGUACCUUCCGGACCUCGUGCCGGAGCUUCUUCGCGUCAUUCGCACGGAGCGCGAGUCAGCCAAUCGGCCGCAAACUCAGCUCGUCAUGCGAACGCUGAUUAGCCUCGGGCGGCUCCUUGAUGGGUAUCUGCACCUCGUCAUCCCCGUGCUCGUCAAGCUCAUCCAGAGCAGCGCCGACUUUCUGCCCCGCCGCCAAGCCUUGGGGACGCUCGCGACGCUGAUCAAGAAGCUCAACGUCUCGGUGUUUGCAUCGAAAAUCAUCCACAUGCUGGCGCGCGUCAUUGCAAGCGGCCACCCAGAGCUCGUGUACCUCGCGAUGGACUGCCUGUGUGCGAUGGUUUACACGAUGGGCGACGAUUACGCGGUCUUCAUUCCCGUCAUCAACCAAGUGCUGCACCGACACCACACGCAAGGCGAUGUGUUUGACAAGUACGACCUCCUCGUCUCCAAAGUGCUCAAGUACCAGCCGCUGCCCGCCGUCGCAUGGGGCGCCGACACGCUCAAGCGCGAGCACGCGUCGUCGCUCAACACGGACUCGCUCGACGAGUUCAAGCCGCUCCCGAUCAACCAAGUCAGUCUCUCGAAAGCGUGGGAGACGACGCAGAAAAGCACGAAGGACGACUGGCACGAGUGGAUGCGCGCGAUCUCGGUCGAGCUCCUGCGCGAGUCGCCGUCCUUGGCGCUCCGCGCGUGCAAGGAGCUCGCGUCCGUGUACCAGCCGCUGGCCCGCGAGCUCUUCAACGCAUCGUUUGUGUCGCUGUGGCCAAACCUCAACACGCACACGCAGGACAACUUGAUCCGCGCGCUCGAGACCGUGCUGCAAGCACCCAACCUCCCGUCCGAGAUUCUCCAGACGCUGCUGAAUCUGGCCGAGUUUAUGGAGCACGACGACCAGCGAUUGCCGAUCGACAUCAUGCUACUGGGGUCGCUGGCGGAAAAGUGUCAUUCGUUCGCGAAAGCACUGCACUACAAGGAGCAAGAGUUCAACGCGACGCCGACGGCCGCCGGCAUCGAGGCGCUCAUCUCGAUCAACAACAAGCUCAACCAGUUUGAAGCGGCGGUCGGGAUCGUCACGUACGCGCAGAUGCACUUGCCGCGCGUACCGGUCAAAGCGAGCUGGCACGAGAAGCUCCAGCGCUGGGACGACGCGCUCAUGGCGCACGAAUCUGUGUUGAGGACCCACCCCGACGACGUCGAGGCCAUCUUUGGCAAGAUGCGCUGCUUGUACGCGACGGGGCAGUGGCACGCGCUCAACGACCACAUUGAAGCCAUGUGGACGCACGUGUAUGGCGACGGCGACAAGAGCAACGGCAACGACGACGACGGCGACAGCGGCAUUGAUGACGACGACAAGAAGCUCCUCGACGUCCCGCCGGCGCUCAAGAAGGAGCUGUGUAGCAACGCGGCGCGGGUCGCGUUCACGCUGCAGAAUUGGGACAUUGUUCCCAAGUACAUCAACUCGGACAUGGACGACACCGAGUCGCACCUCUUCCGCGCCGUGACGUGCAUCCGAUCCAACGAGUUGGACGAGGCGAAAAUCGCGAUCGACGAGUGCCGGCACACGAUGGACCCGACGAUUCGGUCGUUCAUCAGCGAGAGUUAUGCGCGCGCUUACAUGCCUUGCGUCGUCAACCUCCAGAACCUCGCGGAACUCGAAGAGAUCAUUGCGCACCUGCAGCGCGGUGCGUCGCUGACCAAGCCGAUGCUCGCCACCAGCAGUCGUCCGAUGCGCGACAGCUUUUUGCAAAACCACUUGACGCGCGAGAGCUUUGUCGAAGGGCCGCCGCGCAUGACGCCCCAAGCCCUCUUGCACGCGCAGCAAGACGAUCUCUCACGACUGCAGAAGAUCUGGACGGCCCGCCUUUUAGGUGUCGACCGCGACAUCAAGGUGUGGCAGCACGUCAUGCUGGUGCGGUCGCUCAUCUUGGAGCCGAAAGACGACGUGGACGUGUGGCUCAAGUAUGCGCGCCUCUGCCGCAAGUCGGGGCACCUCAACUUGGCGGCGUCGGCGCUCGCCAGCGUCGGCGCGAGCGUCUUCAUGGAGUCGAUCGCGACCGAUGCGAGCGUUCCGAUCGUCAAUGUGCACAUGCUGGAGCAAGAAACGCACAACCCGGUCGUCGCCUUUGCGUACCUCAAGCAUCUCUGGGCCGAGAGCAAGGAGGAGCUCGCGCUCAAGCAGCUCCAUGACCUGAUUCACGCGAUCGAGACCUUUGACGAGCACGACGAGCUCGUCAACUUGCGCGUCCAGGCGUACACGCAGCUCGGCAAGUGGCAAGUCGCGCUCACCGAGCCCAAGAAGCACAGCGACUUGAUGUUUGACCAGGUGCUCGGGUGCCUCAACACGGCGACGCGCUUGGAUCCGACCAACGGCAAGGCGUGGCACGAAUGGGCGCUCAUGAACUUUCGAGCGACCGAGUCGGCGCGCGACGACCCGAUCGCGUUGGAGAAAUACGCGGCCAGUGCGAUCCACGGCUUUUUCCGGUCGAUUUCGUUUGGCCACCGGCGCUACGACGUGACCAAGGACGUGCUGCGUCUUCUGACGCUGUGGUUCAACCACGGCGGCCGUCCGGACGUCCACGCGGCCAUGACGCAAGGUCUGGCCGACGUCUCGAUCGACACGUGGCUCGAGUUUAUCCCGCAGCUGAUUGCGCGGCUGCACUCGCCGACGCCCAACAUGAACACGCUCCUCCACCAGCUGCUCACGCGCAUCGGCCAGCACCACCCGCAGGCGCUCAUUUACCCGAUGACCGUCGCGUCGACUAGCAUUGGCACCAAGCGCAAGCUGGCCGCGGAAGGGAUUUUGGCCGCCGUGCGCCGCCACUCGCCGCAGCUUGUGCAGGAAGCCGAGCUUGUCUCGCGCGAACUCAUUCGUGUCGCGAUUCUCUGGAACGAGCUCUGGCACGGCGCGCUGGAGGAAGCCUCCCGCCUGUACUUUGCGCUCCGGGACACGAAAGCGAUGCUCUCGGAGCUUGCGCCGUUGCACAAGCUCCUCGAUGCGAUCGGAAAAGUCGAAGAGCCGACGCUCCGCGAAGUCGCGUUCUACCAAGCGUUUGCGCGCGAUCUGCAGCAAGCGAAAGCGUGGACCGACCGGUACGAGGCCACGGGCAACGUCGACGACCUCAGCCAAGCGUGGGACCUCUACUUCAACGUGUUUAAUCGCAUCAAGAAGCAGAUGGCCAACCUGAGCAUCCUUGAGCUCGCGAACGUCGGUCCCAAGCUCCUGAGUGUCUCGAGUCUCUCGCUCGCGAUCCCUGGUACGUACAAGGCGGGCGUGCCCAUCACGCGCAUCCAGUCGUUUGGCCCGCAGCUCACGGUGCUCACGUCCAAGCAGCGUCCGCGCAAGGUUGUCAUGCACGGCAGCGACGGCAAGCCGUACACGUUCCUCCUCAAGGGCCACGAAGAUCUGCGCCAGGACGAGCGCGUCAUGCAGCUCUUCGGCCUCAUCAACACGCUUUUGGCCAACGACUCGGACACGCGGAAACGCAACCUGGCGAUCCAGCGCUUCUCGGUGCUGCCGCUCUCGCACUCGUCGGGUCUCAUCGGGUGGGUCGAGAACACGGACACGCUGCACAUGCUCAUCCGCGACUACCGCGAGGCGCGCAAGAUUCAGCUCAACGUCGAGUACCGGCUCAUGGUGCAGAUGGCGCCCGACUACGAGAAGCUCCCGAUCGCCAACAAGGUCGAAGUCUUCCAGCACGCGAUGGGCGAAACCACGGGCCAGGACCUCUACAAGGUCCUCUGGCUCAAGAGUCAAAACUCGGAAGUCUGGCUCGACCGCCGCCGCAACUACACGCGGUCGCUGGCCGUCAUGUCGAUGGCGGGCUACAUCCUCGGCCUCGGCGAUCGGCACCCGGGCAACCUCAUGCUGCACCGCGUCUCGGGCAAGAUUGUGCACAUUGACUUUGGCGACUGCUUUGAAGUGGCGAUCGAGCGCGAGAAAUAUCCGGAAAAAGUGCCCUUCCGACUCACGCGCAUGUUGUCGCAGGCGAUGGAGGUGAGUGGGCUCGAAGGCACGUUCCGGUACACGUGCGAAGCGUCGAUGCGCGUGCUGCGGGAGAACCGAGACAGUCUCAUGGCGAUCCUCGAGGCGUUCGUGCACGACCCGCUGAUCACGUGGCGCCUCCUUGCGCCGCACGCCGCGCCGUCGCACGCGUACGAGACGGAGGAGGACAAGGCGUCGGGCCCCAAGCUCCUGCCCGACGUCGACGAGAGUGACAAGGGAAAGCACCGGCGGUCGUCGACCGACUCGAUGCUCGAGUUCAUUGAGAAACCCAACGAGACGACCAACUUGUCGCUCAAGAUGGCGGCGAUGGGCCGAAGCGUGUAUGCCACCACCAACGAGGCAGGCAAUCCGACAUCAACGAACGGAGAGAAUGCCAACAACGACGGCGAGCUGGACGAAGGCGGCGCGCUCGCCCCCGAGCAGCUCAACGCCAAAGCCGUCAAGGUCAUUGAUCGCGUGAAAAAGAAGCUGCGCGGCCGCGACUUUGAGAACCUCGAGCCCGGCCAGAAGCAGCUCAGCGUCGAGUCGCAGGUCGACCGGCUCAUUGAGCAAGCCACGUCGCCCGAAAACCUCUGUCAACUGUACUACGGCUGGUGCCCAUUUUGGUAGAGUAUGCAAAUCGAGUGUUUGCCAG